GAUAACAUUGGUUUCUUUUAGAUUGUCCUGUCCUGCCCUAUUCUUUCCUUUCCUAUCCUAUCCUAUUCAAGUAUAUAUUCAAGUAGUAGUAUUUCGUUACAUGGUUGCUUUCCCUCCUUUUGUUUUUUGGGGGAAAAGAUGGAUGGUAUGAUAUGAUUUCGAUACAACUUUGACAGAUGCCUUUUUGCAAUGGGCGAGUAAGUACUAGUUAUACAUGUGUGUGUACACGUGCGUUGUGUUGCUCGUGGGACUGCUCCUAGUUGGAUGAGAUGAAAUAUCGUUGUGCUCGGUCUACAAUGCUUGUGAAAAUGCAAUGCAGGCUUUGGGAUAAGCUUCCCAGAUAUUGAAGCGUUUCGCAUUGUGUGCGCGUUAGUAUUCGUGUGUACAUGUGUGUACAUGUGUGUAUGUGUGUGUUUGUGUGUGUGUGAGAGAGAGAGGGAGAGAAGGAUAUAAUGAUGCCUGGUAUCAUCAUCGCCCUUUGCUUUUUAUGAAUUUAUUCCAACUCUUACAGCUGCUUGUCGUCCUUGUUGAGAAAGCUGCUUGGAGGCGCAUUCACCACCGCCUCGGCGUCCCCCACCUGCCGACGCUCAGUCACUUCGCGCGAGCUGCUCUUGAGCCUGCUGCGAAUACUGAGCGCCGAGGAGGUUCUAGCGUGGGCGGUGCUUAAUUGCUAUUGGAGAGGUUCUGACGAUGAGGACAGGCGGUUGAGGUGGAGGUAGACGUCGGUGCCGUAGAUGCCAUGCAGGUCAUAGGACUAG